AUGACGUCCCAGGAGCCAAUGCGCCCCCCUGAUGCGACACCUACACUUUCGAUGUCGACAGCGACAACUUCAUCCUCGAUCGAGAAGUGGUGGCAUAUCCACUUUUUCCAGGGCAUGAUAAGCGAUAUCAAAAGGAGGGCGCCAUACUACGCAAGCGACUGGAGGGAUGCUUGGGAUUAUCGCGUCGUUCCUGCGACGGUGUAUAUGUAUUUUGCAAACAUUUUACCCGCUCUUGCAUUUUCCUUAGAUAUGUUCGAAAAAACAAACAUGAGCUACGGGGUUAAUGAGGUGCUUUUGGCUUCAGUCCUGGGUGCAGUGGUUUUCUCUUUUCUUGCGUGCCAACCCUUGGUUAUCGUUGGACUCACAGGUCCUAUUACCGUCUUCAGCUAUACUGUUUAUGAUAUCAUGUCACCGACAGGGAUCAAUUACUUGGGUUUUAUGUGCUGGAUAGGAAUAUGGGCGAUGGUAAUGCAUUGGAUUCUUGCCAUUACGAACUCCUGCAAUGCAUUGACUUACGUCACUCGUUUCUCUUGUGAUAUCUUUGGAUUCUACGUGGCAUUUAUCUACCUGCAAAAGGGGAUCCAGGUUCUCACCCGUCAGUGGGGCAAAUUUGGUGAAGCCUCUGCCUACCAGUCCAUCAUGGUAUCUCUCCUGGUGCUUAUGUGCGCCUAUAUCUCUGGCACGAUUGGGGAAAGCAAUCUCUUCCAGCGACAUGUCCGCAAAUUCAUCGAGGACUAUGGGACCCCGCUCACCAUCGUUUUCUUUACGGGGUUCGUUCACAUUGGGCAUAUAAAAAAUGUACCCAUCGAAACAUUGCCCACGAGCAAGGCCUUUUUCCCCACUUCAGACCGCGGCUGGGCUGUGAAUUUCUGGGACAUGGGUGUCGCUGUUAUAUUCCUUACGAUACCUUUCGCCCUGCUCUUGACGAUUCUAUUCUACUUUGAUCAUAAUGUUUCGUCCUUGAUAGCUCAAGGUACCGAAUUUCCGCUUCGGAAACCUGCUGGAUUCCAUUGGGAUAUCUUUCUGCUUGGUUUAACUACCGGGGUAGCCGGAGUUCUAGGUAUCCCUUUCCCCAACGGCCUCAUUCCUCAAGCGCCCUUCCACACCGCAGCACUCUGUGUGACCCGUCAGGAUGCCGAUGAAGACGAAGCGAACAAGGGUAAAGCAGUCCAUGUUAUCGACCACGUCGUUGAACAACGACUCAGCAACCUUGCGCAAGGCAUUCUAACACUAGGCACGAUGAGCGGCCCCCUCCUUGUUGUCUUGCAUCUAAUUCCCCAAGGAGUUAUGGCGGGACUCUUUUUCAUAAUGGGCGUCCAGGCUCUGUUGGGCAACGGAGUGACGCAGAAAAUCAAGUUCCUCGCUCAGGACAGGAAACUCACGCCAGCAUCUGAUCCGCUGAAACGAAUUGAUCGGAGACUGGCCAUUUGGGCCUUUGUUGGGAUUGAACUCCUCGGUUUUGGAGCGACUUUUGCCAUCACACAGACAAUUGCUGCGAUCGGAUUCCCCGUGUUCAUUCUUAUUCUCAUCCCCGUUCGAACGUUUCUGCUUCCGCGCUGGUUCACGCAGCAGGAACUUGCUAUCCUCGACGCACCGACCGCUAGCCCCUUUACUAUGGAGAGUGUGGGUGGAACACAUGGUUAUGAAGACAGCGACAUAACUGUGAUUCCACCUUCUGGAAAUAGGAGUGGAGUGUUUAGAUCUUCGGAUUCUGCAGUUGAGGAUGAGUUGGAGAGGGGCGAGUCGUAUGAGCUUCACUCCGCGCCCUCGUUGCGUAGGCGGAGUCGAUGUGAGAGGUAG